AUGGAUAGCCUACGUCAUUUAGGCACACGUCGUUCUUCCGAUCAGAAAAUGCAUCAAACUUCAUCAACGAUUACAAUUAAUCAUCCUUCUGGAGGAACAAUACCAGCAUCAAAUGGAAAUAAUGAACAACCAGAACCAAGACCGAAAGUUUCAAGUCUUGUUUUUAAAUUCGGUGGUGAUCGACCGAAAAAAGUGCCUACAUAUACAUUUUCACCAGCUGAACAAGCCAAAAUUGAUCAACAACAACAUCAAAAUACUGUUACGCCACGUGCACCAUCAUCACCUCAAUCACAAUUAUCACCAAAAAUAAAAACUUAUAUCGAUCAGCUUGAAAUAAAGAACAGUGAAUUAACACAUAAAUUAAACGAACAAUAUCAACAUAUUGAACAUUCAGAAAAAACAAUAAGGGAAUUACAUCACCUUUGCAAUGCAUUACAGCAUAAAGUUAAUGAAGACACACCUAAUCCACUUCUUCAACUUGUUUCAAAUUUUUGUGAAAUAUCAUCCGAUCAACAACAAGAUAUUAUGUCAUUAUUUGAAUCAAAAAUUCUUCAAUGUAAAAAAACUGAACAACAAGUCAAAGCAUUGACAAUGACCUUAAAAUCAAAAGAACAACGUAUUACUGAAUUAACAAAUGAAGUUAAUGAAUUAGCCGCAAGACCUAGUAUAAUACAAACACCAACAUCAGCACCACGUUCAAAUUCUUCAGUAUCAACAACGCCUAUAAGACGUAUCGAUUCAGCAGAUGAACUUGAUUCGAUUAAUUUACGUCGGGAAUUAUUUCGUACAAAAAAUCGUCUUAAAGAAGCUCAACGUGAAUUAUCAUCACAAAAUAGUUUAACAAAACAUUUAUCAGCAAAUAAUCUUCAUUCAUCCGAUUCAUUAAUAAGUGAUCUACGUAAAGAUAUUAAUGAAAUGGGUUGGGAAAUCAAAAAUUUACAAAAAACGAAAGAAACACUUAAACAUGAAGUAGAAAAAUUAGAAAAAGAAAUUGGAACACUUGAAUCACAAAAGAAAUCGGUUGAAGAUGCAAAUGCAAUGAUUACACGUGAAAAUAAAGAAUUACGAGCAACAAUUGAAGAAUUAAAUGAUCAAAAUCGUAUUGUUCUACAAAAUUAUCAUAAUCAUGUUAAAAAUUAUGCAAUACAUGAAGGAUUAAUGAGUAAAUUAUAUGAUACAAUGGCCUCAUUAGAAAAAGAUAAUAGCCAAUUAAAAGAAAAGUGUGUUUUUCUUGAAGAAAAACUUGAAUUAAAACAAAUAUCAUUAGUUGAUAAAAAUGAAUUAGAAAAAAUCAAUUCGUCAAAUCGUGUUUUACAAUUACAAUAUGAUUAUGAAGUUGCUAAACGUGAACAUUGUGAAAGACAAUUAACACGUUUACAAGAUAAUAUUAAACAAUUACAAUCUGAAUUAUCCUAUAUGGAUGAAAAAGUAAAACGUGCUGAUGAACAAAUGAAAUUAGCUGAUCGUGUUAAUCGUGAUAAUAAAGAUGAAUGUGAAAUUUUACAAUUAAAAAUUAUGGAUUUAGAAAAACGUUUAAAUUUAACAGAAAAAGAUAAAGAUAUUGUUGAACAAGAAUUAUUAAUUGUUAAACAAAAAAUGGAAGCAACAACAUAUCGUAUUAAUCGUUAUAAUGAAGCAUUAAUAAAUGCUGAUAAUGACCUUGAGCAAUUGUCCGAUACAAGUUUUAGUGAAGAAGUUGGAAGUAUAAAUGGUACUGAAACAUUAUCAUUAAAAAGCCGUAAUUCACAACCAUUACAAUCACAAAGUGAAGCUUAA